UGUAAAUACUUGUGCUCUCUCUCUCUCUCUAUAAGUGUGUAUAUAUAUAUAUAUAAAAGAAAAUUAAAAAACCGUACAACAACAACUAAGUUACACAUAGAACUACAAUUUCUUAUACCUUGGCUCACCACCACAGAAAGCUCUAGACGAAGAAAGAGAGUGAGAUCUAGAGAGAGAGAGAAGCCAUGGCUGGUUUGCAAAGAUCUGCAGUGUCUUUCAGGAGGCAAGGGUCUUCAGGACUUGUAUGGGACGACAAGUUCUUAGCAGCGGAGGUGAAGAAGAAGGAAGAGGAAGAUGCACGAGCACGAGCUCAAGCAGAAGCUGAAGCACAAGGUGAGGAAACGGAAAAGCCUGAGAUUAAGGCACCCAAACCAAUCAACACCAUCGAUAGAAGCCGAUCCAACGGCGGAGGACGCGGCUACCGAACCGGCAGAGUAUCUCCGGCGAUCGAACCUCCUUCGCCAAAGGUCUCCGCAUGUGGGUUUUGCAGCGCCUUUGGUAAACCGGCAAAUAAAACUCAAAGAACGAAGGCUUCUAUCGCUAAGCGUAGAUCACGGUAGUUCCGUUCAAUUUCAUUCCCGGCUGGAACUUUUCGGCAGCGAUAUGGAAUGUUCCGGUGAGCUUGGUGGUUUACGGCUCUUGAUGGUAUUCAUGUAAGCCUUUCAUUUUUAUAUUUCAUAGCAUGAUUAGAGGAUUAGAUUCAUCUCAAUAAAAAAGUGAGAUGUGGGAAUUUUGAAGAAGAAGAAGAAGAAGAAAAAUCAAAAUCACAUGAUGUAUUAUUAUUAUUUUUUUUUACCUUUUUUCUUUUUUUUUUUUUUUUAGAGGGUGCUCAUGGUCAUGUUUUGUUUGAAGUCUGUUUAGUCAUGUUAGAGAUGGUUAUUGUGGUUUGGGGUUAAUUAAUGUAAUUAUGUGUAUAUUUUGUUGGUCUUUGGAGGAAAAUUAAAACUCAUCUUGUACAAAACAAAUCUUGGAUUUGAGUUCAUUAUGUCUCUCACUUCCACAAAUUUGUCAAAGCAUUGAAAUAGGGAAAAAAUAUAUAUCAUUGCAGACUGAUUCUGAUCUCAAA